AUGAGGAGGAGGGCUGCCACUCUGUUUCUGCUGCUCUGCUGCUCCAUCAGUCAGGGCCGGUCGGAGGCUUCAGUCCCUCCGGCGCCCGUCCUCUGGGAUGAGCUGCGAGGGCUGAAGGAGCUGGUGCUGAGCCUGAAGGCAGAGGAGGUGGGCCGGCGUCAGAUCCUGAGGAGUGUGGAGAGCUGGCUGAGGGACGGAGAGGUGGAGGCCGAGCAGCAGAGACAAAGUAUGGAGGGACUGAAGGAGGAGGCACUCCGACAGGCAGAGGAGCUGAGGGGGAGGGUGGAGGAGCUGGAACAGCAGAGCAAAGCUCGAGCUCUCGACGUCUUGAAGCUUCAGUCCAGACUGAACAGCAGCGAGAGCUUCAUGGAUGACCUGAAGAAGAAGAACUCAGCUCUGGCGGCGGAGCUGCCAUUUCUGCAGACGAGACUAAGGGCGAGUGAGAGCACCGUGGAGCAGCUGAGGAGGAAGAACGCAGUCCUGGCGGCCAGACUAUGCAACGCUGAGAGUGUGAUGGAGGAGCUGAGGAGGCAGAUCUCAGAGUUUCCCGUCUCCAACAGCUCGUCUCUGAUGCCUGAGAUGUUGGAGCUGGAGAGUCGACUGAGCAUUCGUCUGGAGGAGCUGACGUCUGACACCGAAGCUCUGCAGAGUCGACUGAACUCACUGCAGGAAACACCAAAACCGCCUUCAGACCUGCAGCAGCUCGGCUCCUCACCAGUCAAAUCUGCGGACGUUUCGGCUCUCAGUGACAGACUCAACGAUGCUGAACGCCGGCUGGAUGAACUGCAGACACAAACCUCAGCUGUCAACAGCUCAUCACUUCUGGAAGAAAAUCUGUUGGCCGUGAAGAGUCGGCUGCAGCAGCUGGAGACAAACAGCACAGAGAUACUGAACAGACUGAGAGACAAUGGGAAACAGUUGGAACACCUGAAGACUGAACACACAGAUCAAAGCUCUGAACUGAUGAACCUGCAGAGAAAACUGAACAUGACUGAGACUCUGCAGGAUAAACUAAACAGAGCUCAGACUGAUUCAAUGAAGCAGCUGCAAAUUAAACUGAACUUUUUGGAGCAUCAGAUACAUCAGCUGCAGACUGAAACAUCAGAUCAAAGCUCCAAACUGAUGAACCUGCAGACAAAUGUGAGCACGAGCGAGAGUCUGCAGGACAAACUGAGCACAGAGAUGUUCAGCAGGCUGAUAGAUGAUGAGAAACACCUGGAAUACCUACAGACUGAACACACAGAGAUACUGAACAAACUGAGAGACAAUGGGAAACAGUUGGAACACCUGAAGACUGAACACACAGAGAUGUUCAGCAGGCUGAUAGACGAGGAGAAACACCUGGAACACCUGCAAGACACACAAAAGGAUCAAAGCUCCAAACUGAUGAACCUGCAGACAAAUGUGAGCACGAGCGAGAGUCUGCAGGACAAACUGAACACAGAGAUGUUCAGCAGGCUGAGAGACAAUGAGAAACACCUGGAACACCUGCAGACUGAACACACAGAGAUCUUGAGCAGACUGAGAGACAGCAGGAAACAACUGGAAGCUCUGAAGAUGGAACACAUAGAUCAAAGCUCCAAACUGAUGAACCUGCAGACAAAUGUGAAUGCGAGUGAGAGUCUGCAGGACAAAGUGAACACAGAGAUGUUCAGCAGGCUGAGAGAUGAUGAGAAACACCUGGAACACCUGCAGACUGAACACACAGCUGUGGAGGUCAGACUGAGAUCCUCUGAGACACAGCUGGAACAGCUGGAGAGUCACGCUGCAGAGCUGGAGGUCAGACUGAGAGAAGGCGAGAAACAGCUGGAUGACCUGAGGACUGAGAACACAGGGCGUGAUGCUAAGAUGUCGGCCGUGACGCUCAGACUGAAUGUCACGGAGCAGCAGGUAGACGAGCUGAUGACACAAAACACAGUGCGAGCUGCUGAGCUGGCUUCUGUUUCAGACCGAAUAACGGCAGCACAGAGAGAGGCUGAAGAGCUGCAGGUUAGGCUGAGAGCCGGCGAGACUGCACUGAACCAACUGAGGACCUCAUCUGAGGACAAUGAUGAAGGUGAGCUGAAGGUGGCCUUUUCAGCUGGUCUGACUGAUUCAGGAUCAGUCGGACCGUUUGAUGAAGAAACAACUCUGAUCUUCUCCAAAAUCAUCACCAACAUCGGUGAAGCCUACAAUCAGACAGCAGCUAGAUGUAUGAUCAAGCCUUCAGACAGUGAGAUCUGUUGGGGGUAUAAUAACUAUUUGAGGUGGUGGAGGUCCUCGCCAAGAACAUUUGGAGCUUCACACACCUUUGUUUUCUACACCUGUGCUGGUUCCUCAGGUGUGUUCACAGCUCCCAUCAGAGGACUUUACUUCUUCAGCUUCACGGCUGCAGAUUACCUGAAAGGUUACAUGGGUCUGCACCUGUACAGGAACAACCAGCCAAUUAUCUUCAACCUGGACCUGAAUGACCACGGCGGCUACACUUCCACAUCCAACACUGUGUCUCUGCAGCUGGAACAGGGGGACCGGGUGCGCCUCAGCCUACCGGCCAGCUACCGACUUUACGACGACUCCCGAAACUUCAGUGUGUUCUCCGGCUUCCUGCUGUUCCGCCUGUGACUGCAGCAUCCCCGGAUCCAGGAUGUGACAGCACAAUUUUGAGGAGGGACCAAUCAAAUUUCAGGAGGAGCAGUGACUUUAGUCCCACCCCUGUGAAUGUAGCAGUUAGGUGAAAUUAUUUUCU